CCAAGGUCUAAUUGUUUUUAUGGUAAAUCCCGGCCAGGUUUUAACGUGGAAGCCAGAUUACAGUAAGUAUUUCAACCCAACAGGAUUACUUGUAGAUUUAAGCACCUUAUUUAGUUCCCAGCAAUGAAAAUCAGACAUAAGCCUGUCUGUGGAGUGUGUGUAUAUAAAGGCUGCCUCACACACAGAAGAACCACAAGACUGAAUCUGGUGGAUAACCACGAACAGAACUUUAAUCGCCUUUGCUUGUUUGACUCAGAACAGGUAAGACACUCCCAUCUCACUCUGUUUACCUUCUACUUUUGCUAGAUUGUCUGUAAGGGAACUGUGGACUUAACAACAUACACUUUCUUUUGUCAACUGCAAAUAAUCACUGGACUAUAUAAAAUGGUUUUACAGUGUAAAGAUGCAAGAUUAGUCCAGGUUUAUGGUAUUCAUAUUUGAACUCAGAAUAUCUAUUUGUAUUGUGUUGUGUUGUUCCAGUCUAUCAGAUAGUGCUACAUUUUUCUUUUACUAAUGUCAAUUGCUACAACAUAUUGUUGUUGCAUUUACAGUAUAUUAGUAGGCUAUAAAACAGAUCAUGGAUGUUAUCCCGAAAGCCAAACAUGCACAGAUUAGUGUCAUAUAAUGCUGUUUACAAAAUGUGUGUUCAUCACAGAAUGGGAUCCUCUAAGGUGGCCCUGCUGCUGGUCCUGGUGUCCUGUGUAGAGCUCAGUCUGUCUGCUUCCUGUGUGGUUGACAGCUUCACAGUCAAAGAUGACUUUGACCCUAAGAGGUAUGCAGGAAAAUGGUACGCACUGCAGAAGAAAGAUCCAGAGGGCCUGUUCCUGCAGGACAACAUCUCCGCUGAGUACACCAUCGAUGAUGACGGCUCCAUGUCCGCCUCUUCCAAGGGACGCGUCACUCUGUUUGGUUUCUGGGUUGUCUGCGCUGACAUGGCUGCACAGUACUCUGUCCCCGACCCUACCACCCCGGGCAAGAUGUUCAUGAACUACCAGGGUCUGGCCAGCUACCUGUCCAGUGGAGGUGACAACUACUGGGUGAUCGACACCGACUAUGACAACUACGCCAUCACCUACGCCUGCCGCACCAUGAAGGAAGAUGGUAGCUGCGAUGACGGCUACGCCAUCAUCUUCUCCAGGAACCCCCGUGGCCUGCCUCCAGCCAUCCAGCGCGUCGUCCGUCAGAAACAGGAUGACAUCUGCAUGGCCGGAGAGUUCCAGCCUGUUCUGCAGUCUGGAGCCUGCUAAAGAGAGAGAGAGUGUGAAGCUGAGAGAGAACGAGGGGGAGAGAAAGAGUGCGAGUGUGAUAAUGUAAAUGGACAGAUGCAAUAAUGUGUUGGAGAAGUGAGAGGAGGAAGAAAAUUAAGCAAAAACAGUGAAAAACCUGGACAAGGUUUCAAUCAAUUUCCUCCUCCUACUCUGUGUCCAUCCAAUGUUUA